AUGUCAUUACCCGAUUAUACUGCCGAACAUGGCGACUAUGGUACUAUUAUUCAUACCUUUGAUACGGAGCAAAAUUGUCAAGUACAAUGCCAAGUUCAAUGUUCAAUGCAUCAUUUUAGCGACUUGAUGAUGCAAAGAUGGCUUUGUCCACUAAAGGAAUUGGAUAAAAACUAUAUUCUCGAUCGAACAGAAAACACAACUUCGGGCUUCACGAUUUUUCUCAUAAUUUGUGCUAUCUUAAUGUGCCUUCUGUUUUUCAUUUUCGGCAUAAAUAUUAUACGUCAGCGAUUAGUUAAAAGCCGUUCGAUCAAUGAAAUCUAA